GCGGGUACUCUUCAACUCCUGGUGCCGGCUAUGUAUAUUGUACUCCGUACUAUUGUAUCGCCAUUGGAUUUAGAGAGCUGCUGCCGUUGGUGUUAGAGAGUUACGCCGGCCCCCCUGCUGCAUCUUUUUCAACUUGUGAGGUAAAUAGUUUGGAUAUGGCUAUGGCGGCGGCCCCACCACCACCAUCCGCGCUCACAAACCACCCGAGGAUAUUGUCGCCAACCACCACUCCGAACCAACUUUCCCUUCGCAUCAUCCCUUACGCCUCGAGAGCGACGUCGUCCGGCAUAGCGCGAGCAUCAGAUCCAAAGAGAGAAGCUCCGGAUCCCAAAUCGGGUGGCCGAAACCCUUCCUUCGUCUCCCUGCAGGAAGAUUUGGGAUAUUUGGUGAAAUUGGGGGUCUGGUCGGCGGCGGGAGCGGCUGCCAUCAAGUACGGAAGCAUAAUUUUUCCGGAGAUGACAAAACCCAAUUUAGCUGAGGCAAUCUCCAUCAUUACUGCUCCUGUUGUGGUUGCUCUUUUGCUACUGAUCAAGCAGAGUCGAGUCGAGUGAAGAAGAAGAUCUUAGCUAAAUUAAAUCUACCAGUAUUUUUUAUAUUUUUCUUUUAGAUGUCCUCGUUUAAUUUCGGUGGAAGAAGUAAGGGUUGGUUUGCAACUCCUUUUAAAAAAGCACUUCUCAACUUUUGGCUUUAAAAAAGCACUUAUUUUCCCAAACACUACAACUUUAUUUUUCUCGGUUUCCGCAUCAAAAGUGCUUUUACUUUUUCUAUUACACAAAAAGCACUUAUUUACCAAACACUACCCACUUUUACUUUUCAAAAUCACUUUUUUCUCAAACACUAUCAACUUUUAUUUAAUCACUUCUCCUCAUUUCAUUAAAAAAAGCACUUUUUUAAAAGCAGAAGCUGUUGCAAACAGACCUUAAGAGGCCGUGUUUUUUGACGUACCACGCUUAUCAGCUAAUUUUUUCACCAAACGUGUAACUUUUAUUUUCGUG